AUGGCAUCAGAUGCGCAACCGCCAAGCAAGCAGAGAGUUGUUGAGAAGCAGUUUCUCGAUCCUGUUUGCCAAUUACAGAAUGCCACUUUACCAAUGGAAUGUGUGGUUUGCGGCGAUCGUGCAUGCAGUCAUCACUAUUAUGGUGUUGCGGCAUGUCACGGAUGUAAAUGCUUCUUUUGGAGAUCUGUUAAAGGAAACGCCAAAUACGUUUGUCGAUAUGACGGUAACUGUGCGAUUAAUGUCAAUGGACGAAAUUCCUGUCGAUACUGCCGGUUCAAUCGUUGUCUUCAAGCUGGUAUGAAACCUGAAGAUGCGAAUGGAUUGAGUACAACAGCAGUUAAAGUCGUGUCGAUGUUAAGAGAUCGUGUGCAUGCAGCCCUUUAUCAGCACUGUACUGAACACUACACGAACGUUUUGGCCACAAUGCGCUUCACACUUGCUGGACAACUAGAAGACCAUAUCCAGUUGUCGCAUACGUUUUGCAAGACUGUGCCCAGAGAUGAUCUACUUUACGAGUUGCUCGGUGAUAUCUUCGAUAGCAAUUGUGACACUUUUGAUAAUUGCCAUACAAGUCAACGUGGCUUUAUUCCGUACGUACGAUUCGGAUAA